AUGUACAAAUAUUUCACCGCUCACAACACUCGGCGCUACCUGGCGCUGGUUCGCGGUUACAAUCAAGCCUACCACCGAAGCAUACGACGAGCUCCUAUCGACGUCACCCCCCAGAACCAGAAGGAAGUCCGCCAAGUCUUGUACGAUCCACCCACAGCCAAACGUUCGGUCCACCGGUGUCAGGCCGGUGAUCUCGUGCGUAUCAGUAAGGUAAAAGGGAAAUUUGAAAAAUCAUACCUGCCGAAUUGGAGCACGGAAAUGUUCCGCAUCGUCCGCUCCCACCCUCAACAGCCUGCUGUGUACACACUGGAGGAUUUGAACGGGGACCAAUUGCUAGGGACGUUUUACGAAACCGAACUCCAACCGGUGACAGCCGCGGUGGAUAAGUUUUAUCAGGUGGAGAAGAUCUUAAAAAAGGAGCGUCGGCGAGGGAAACUGUACUAUUGGGUGAAGUGGGUGGGUUAUCCACCCAGCUUUAAUUCUUGGGUGCCGGCCACGGACGUGGAACGUAUUUAA